GGCAAAGUCAAAAAGAACUUCGACAUUCUUGCGAAAAACCUGGCUUUGACGUUCGCUCCCCCAGGGUACGAAAGCCGAUUGCUCGAUACGAGAACAACCUACGCGUGGACCGUCUCAGAUCGAGGAAAGCUUGAGUGGCAUAUCCACCCCGAUGACUGGCCUGCGAAACAGAACGCUGAUAUCAGCGUCUGGGAGAGGCUGUUCCGCAAUAAGAAGGAUCCACAGCAGCGCUAUCCACAAGAGUUCCCAGUCGUUGUUCUUAACCGCUAAUACCUCAAUUUCGUGAUCGAAGACUUCGAACACGCGUCGCUAUCCGCAAGGUACCGAUUUCAUUUCAUGUUCGCCACGACGAUAGUUCACGAGAUCAGCCAUGCAUACUGGAUGUUCUUCCGCGGCGUCGAGGCUGACGAGCCACUACAUCAGCGAGGCGACCAGAAAUGCGAGUUAGGCUUCUCGUGGGAGCAAUGGGCAUUCGGGCAUCAAAUCAAUCCGUUGGGCCUCUCAAUGGGAUGCCGAUUACACGACGGACCCCUGGCAACUAGAUUCAAGGCGCAAUUUCGCGAUGACGAAGAGACGACGUCUGAGGAGAGCAAGUUUGCCCUGCUCCCCGGAGUGACGUUCGAACCCUUGCGCCCUACGAAAGGCUGCGCCUGGUGGAGAGUUAAGUCUACGUAUCCGGUGAAUACCCGUGAAAUCUGGCGCGCAGUUCCCAUGAAAUGGAUUGCAGAGUGGUUUUCGAAGUCUGUGUGGGACCAGCGGAGGAAGUUGAAGCUCGGAUGAGAACGUCCGCCUCGUGCAGUUGGAGAGCGAGCCAAUCCAUCAUGAUCAGGACCAGCAAAAGCUUUCAGGAG